CUGGAAGUAACUCAGCAAAAUAUUUCUUUCUGUAACUAAUGAAAACGGCUACCUACUUGACCCUAAAAAAUUUGGAGAAACAGCUUCUAUGGCCCUGCUUUGGAGGUGAGACAGGGCUAAUUGAGGAGAAAUUGUGUUCAUCACACACUUAGUGUGGAAGGAAGCAUUUUCUCCGCUUGAACUUUUCUAUAUACAGUCAUUUUGCCUUAUCUCGGGGAUCACCUCUUCAGCCUCCAUGGCCUUUAAGGACCUCCUGGAUCAAGUUGGAGGCCUGGGGAGAUUCCAGAUCCUUCAGACAGCUUUCCUUUGUAUCUGCACCAUGAUAGCAUACCCUCAUGUUCUAUUGGAGAACUUCACUGCAGCUGUCCCUGGUCACCGCUGUUGGGUCCAAAUCCUCGACAAUGACACUGUCUCUUCUAAUGGCACUGGUAUCCUCAGCCAAGAUGCUUUCCUGAGAAUCUCUAUCCCACUGGAUUCAAACCUGAAGCCAGAGAAGUGUCAUCGCUACGUCCAUCCCCAGUGGCAGCUCCUUCACCUGAAUGGCACCUUCCCUAACAUGAGUGAACCAGACACAGAACCCUGUGUCGAUGGCUGGGUAUAUGACCGAAUCUCCUACUCCUCCACCAUUGUGUCUGAGUGGGACCUGGUAUGUGAAUUUCAGUCACUGAUCUCAGUGUCUAAAUUCUUAGUCAUAGCUGGAAUGCUGGUGGGAAACAUCAUAUAUGGCCAUUUAUCAGACAGGUUUGGGAGGAGGUUGAUACUCAGAUGGUGUUUGCUCCAGUUCGCCAUUGCUGACACCUGUGCAGCCUUUGCUCCCACCUUCCUCAUUUACUGCUCACUACGCUUCUUGGCUGGCUUUUCUGUCAUGACCAUCAUGUUAAAUAGCACCAUGCUCAUUGUAGAAUGGACAGUGCCCCGAUUCCAAGCCAUGGGAACAACACUUGCAUUCUGUUCUCAUAGUAUUGGACAGAUAAUAUCAGGAGGACUGGCUUAUGCCAUUCGAGACUGGCGCACCCUCCAGCUGGUGGUUUCUGUGCCGGUAUUUGUCGUCUUUCUGUCUUCAAGUUGGCUGAUGGAGUCUGCUCGGUGGCUGAUUAUCACCAACAAGCCUCAGGAGGGCUUAAGGGAACUCAGAAAAGCUGCACACAGAAAUGGAAAGAAGAAUAUCAAAGACACCCUAACCCUGGAGGUUUUGACACACACCAUGCAGGAGGAGCUGGAGACAGCACAGAACAAACCUUCUGUGUUUGACUUGUUCCGCACACCCAACCUGCGUAAAAGGAUCUGUUUACUGUCCUUCAUGAGAUUUGCAACCUUCAUUCCUUUAUUUGGCCUGAGUCUCAACCUCCAGCACUUGGGGAAAAAUAUUUUCCUGUUCCAGGUUCUCUUUGGUGCAGUCAAAAUUCCAAGCAAUUAUGUUGCCCUUUUGGCACUGAAUCACCUGGGCCGUAGAGUAAGCCAGAUGCUUUUCCUGUUCCUGCUGGGACUCUCCAUCCUAGCCAUCAUAUUUGUGCCCGAAGAUAUGCAGACUCUGCGUGUGGUUUUGGCCACUUUGGGAGUAGGAGUUUCCUCUGCCGCUAUCAUCAGUGCUGUUGCCCAUGCAAAUGAACUAAUCCCCACUGUCAUCAGAGCAACAGCUUUAGCUGUCACUGGAACUGUUGCUAAUAUUGGAGCAACCCUGGCUCCCCUCUUGAUGAUCCUAACCGUGUCUUCCCCCCACCUACCCUGGAUCAUCUAUGGAGUCUUCCCCAUCCUCGCUGGACUUGUUGUCCGACUCCUUCCUGAAACCAGGAAUCAGCCUCUGCCUGACUCCAUCCAGGACGUGGAAAAGAAGAGAAAAAGCUCAUUAAAAGCAAAGCAGGAAGAUAUUUGCAUGAAAGUGACACCACUUUAAGGAAUUCCAGGAAAUAAUUGCUGACUCAAGAGCAAAAUAAAGGGGAAAAAUGAGAUAAUUCUUCAUAAGGGAAAAUUUGUAAAAUACAUGCAUAAAAGUAUAUAAUGGAAAAAUGGAUUUUUCCAAUUGCAGUAGUAAAUUACUAAGUAUAAAAUACCUAUAACUAAUCCUAAGAAGAAAUGUGAAGAAAGCCAUAAUAUUUUAAAAGAACUUAGAACAUUUGUACAGUUGUAGAUAACUAGCAUGUUUCUCAAUGGGAAAGUUGAUUAAUACUAACAAUACCAAUUUUUCCCUCAAUUAAUUGGCAUAAUUAUUUAUAUAAUCAUAAGGACAAACUAUACACUUUUGGAAGAAUCUAAAAAAUAGAAAUUUCUCUGGGAAAUUAACGAUAAACAAGGUGAUUUCAAAACAGAGGAUUAUGCAGUGAGAUGAGGCUAGCUAGUGUAUGGGGCAGCAUAUGCUGGAAUUAUAGCUGCAAUUGUCAAAACAGUAAUAGCAGAUGCAUUUACAUAUCAAAGGAAGUCCAGAAACAGAACAUAGUAAAUGUAACACUUAACAUAUAAUUUUGGGAUCCUAAAUCACAAGGCAAAUUAAAGGAUUAUGCAACAAAUACAUUUAAAAACUACUUAAAAAUAAAUGAUUAAUAAUGUGACUUCAUGCACUAAAUCAAAAAAUAUUCUACUUUAAUAAAAAGCUAAAUAGAAUAAAAAACUAUAGGUUUCAUUAGAAAAUGUGGCUACGAUAUCUUGGCUUAAGAAAGUUUUGAGUAGUAAACCAAACUCCAGAAAUUUAAAGACAAGCAUAUUUCAAUACUACUCAUUUAAAUCCUCUGUUGGGCAAAACUCUAACAGCUUAUCAGAGAAAAAUAGAAAAAUAUUCACCAAAAUGCUAAAAACAAUUAACUUUUAGUGGUGGACUUUUUUUUUUUUAAAGACUUUAUUUUUUUCCUUUUUCUCCCCAAAGCCCCCCUGGUACAUAG